GCUCUCCAAGGAAAGCUGAGCUGCUGAUGCAGACUGGGAAGCAAGAGCCCACUUCCAGCAGCCCAGGCUAGCUGUGUCCAAAUCCAUGACUGGGGAGGGGUUAGAGCCUUGAGGGACAAAAUUAUUCUACCGGCUGCUGAUGGCCCUAGGGAGGCUGCACUGGCCCAACAGCUAGGCCCCGUCUCAUGGGCCUGCUUCCCCAGGAGAGAAGCCACUCCUAGGUAGGUACUGCCCCACCCAAACCCAGCCAUUUGGAGUGACCCAGCCCUGGUUCCCAGGUGUGUGGAAGUGAAUUGUCCCACCCAACCCACUCUACAGUGAGCAAACAGAAGCCUCUGGGAGAGUGGUCACAGCCUCCCCUGUACGUCUGAACAGCCUGCCAGGCUCCCUACUCUUAGGCCUCCACUGUCCACCAGGGAAAGCCCUGAGCUGGGAGUUGGGGAACCCCCAGGCAUUGCCCCUGCCCAGGACACAAUUCUCUUUUGGGGUCAGGGAGGGAGGGCUGUGAGGGCUUUCUAGGUCUCAAGAUCAGGAGCUUGAAGAUGCAGCCUGGGAAGUGGGAAGGUGAGACCAGGACAUAGGCCAGCCUAAAGCAAGAGUCCUGGGCCUGGAGGCUCCUGGGAAGGUGGUGGGGAGGGAGUAUGUGUCAGUGGCCUCAGGGCAGCAGCUGCCUGGUGAAUGUUCAUGGAGUGGAUGCUCUGGGAAGGGGGUUGGGUGGUGAGUUUCUCCCCUCGAAUCUGGGGGUGGAGCUGCCUGGUCUGUAAAUCCUGGGGCCAUCAGGCUAGGGUCCUGCAGCUGCCUGAAGGAGCCAUCUCAUCCACAGCUCUUCCUCAGUGAGUGGGGAGCCUUCCCUAAGGGCUAGGACACCUGGAUCAAGUUUCAUCCUGGGUGUAUGGUGUGCGGCUCCUCUUCCCCAUUCCCAAGCGCCUCCACCCCUGAACCAUGCCAGAGAAGUCCCCUUUUCCUCUCCUCUCCUCAACAGCUCUACCAUCUAUUCUUGUGCUUGCUGCCCCUGGCAUGGGAGGGAUAAGGGGUAGAAGCACUUGCCCCCAUCAACACCACACAUCCAUUCCACAUCCCCAGCUACUAUGGAAGAGAUACAGCAGGCCACAGAGAAAAGGGCGGAAGGCUUGCCACUCUGGUUCCCUAGCACUGGUGCUCCAAACGCCCGUACAUUGAGAACUCCCCUGACCAUCCAUCUAUCCGCCCAUCCAUUGGCCUGAAUUCAGGUCUCUGUUCCCCUCCAACUUUCUUCCACUUCUGGAAACUCCUUGAAGGAAAGAUGGAUGGGCUUGGACAAGUGGGAGGGCCCUCAGAGCUGGCAAGGCGGGUAGCCUCUGUGCCCCCAGGCUCAGGGAGAAGGCUCAUACCCUGGGGCAUCGUCCCCUAUUGGGCCAGGAUCCCCCAGGAUCUGAACCCCUGUAUGCUUGGGAUGAGAAGCGGUGGCAGAGAGGGAAGGGCAUAAGGAGAUACCAAAGCUGCCCCUGAGAUGCCAGUUUUCCAAGGUGGCCCUGGAGGAAAUGGGGGGAUGUGGGGGUGAGGUAAGUCUCCUUGAAUGCUGUACCCUGUCCAGUAGAGCAGCCAUGGCCAGCUCCAGGCGAGGCCUCCUCCUGCUCCUGCUGCUGCUGCUGCUGACUGCCCACCCUGGACCCUCAGAGGCUCAGCACUGGUCCCAUGGCUGGUACCCUGGAGGAAAGUGAGCCCGCUCAGCCCAGGAUCCCCAGAAUGCCUUUAGUCCCCCAGUUGGGUCAGGCAGCCCAGCCCAGACUGCCCAUGGCCUCCCAAGUGAUGCCCUGGCUCCCCUGGAAGACAGCAUGCCCUGGGAGGGCAGGACCGCAGUCUGGUGGUCCCUUCGCAGGAAGCGACACCUGGCAGGAACACUGCUGACCGCAGCCCGAGAGCCCCGCCCCGCCCCGCCCCGCCGUCCUCCAAUAAAGUGUGAGGUUCUCCGAAGCUGUUGCCUCGAGUUCUGUCCUUCGUCUCCUCCCUGUCUUCCCCGCUGAGACCCUUCCCUGCGUGGGGGCUGGAGGGACGCGGGUCCGGCCCCGCGGGCGGGAGGAACGAAGGGAUGGCCCCGAGCCCU